AUUAACUGUGUAACCAAGGAGGCGAGAGCAACGACAGUGAGAGGACGGAUAGGAAAAGCUUCUGCUUGCUCGCUACAUCGACUUCAGUUGGGAGGCUUUUCCCCCUCGUGUGCUUUAUCCACCAGUCAGUUAGGUGCUGCUCUUGGGAUUAGACUCACCUCCACCACCGGGCGGCGCUAUUGGGACCAAUGUCAUGGCCGUGGAUCUUUUCGUCUCCAAACUCACCUCGAAUGCAAGCAGGUAAACGUAUUUGUCACCCAGUCUAUAGCUUAAACAGUUUGCUCCAUUAGGGAAACGUUUUUAUAUGUUCAUCCCUUAGAAAAAUAUUCUUGCAUACGAAGUUAGUUUAAGUUAGGAGCCGUUUGUAUUUAGUUUCCACAUUUCUCUGGUGCUCACUGGGCCGUGCCGUGGAGAAAGUCUUCCUGGGGGCCCUAAUAAGGCAACACAUGUGCCAUGCCUUCUGCUGCAUGUGCUAUUCAUUUAGCUGAGCUUGAGCUUUUUAAUGGUUGAAGUAUAGCAUGGCCGGCAUGUACCUGGAGAGGUCUCCAACUAACAGUCUAACCACAAAUGUUUUGGAUUUGGGGAGAGGACUGCCUUAAUUAUUAAUUUAAAAAACAAAACAAUGGAUACAGUUGGUACGUUAACGGCACAGCAGUAAGCAUGGUGCUGGCUACAAAACAAAUGAAUACAUUGUUGAAAUUCUUCUCAAGCUAUAUGCAGCUCAUCUAUAAUCAGAGCAUCUCUCUUGUAUUGCUCCUUCCUCUUCAAAGGUUCCGCUAACAACAUUUAGCGUCCUCCCAAAUCACAUUAUUCCCUCUACGUGCCAAGUAUAUGAAAAGUGCUUUUAACAGAGAAGAUUUGAUUAUGAUAAGGCAGCAAUCGCGUCUCAUUUUCCUUCCUGUCAUUGAUACAGAGCUGAGGCUAUUCGGUGUCAGUGCGAGUGGCUAUUCUGAACCUUGAUGCGUGCGGACCUAGUCUCGUUCUCCUUUGUCUCUCGUGAAAAAUAAAUGCUUCCGCUGGAUGUAAUAAAACGCCGCAUUAUUGUUCAUAACUGCACUCGGGACGAACAUGAUACGACUCAAACGGCCUCUCCGGCCACUAUUAUAUGGGCCGGAUCAAAGCCAGUGGUCAGAGUAAACUGUGUUGAGGAUAUAAUAGCCGGGCAGCUGUGAAAAUGAAGAUUUAAUAGCUACAAUUAAUAACUGUAACACGAAGAUAUCGAUAGGCAGUACAACACCAUGAAGUGAAUGCAGGCCAACACAAUGUAACAUGGGCACACAUAAUUAAUGGAUGUAUUUAGUUUCCUUAGUGGCUCAUAUGUCCUACAAGCAACAGGCCACUGCAGGGACGAGAAAACAUGCUUUAAACCUAGUUAUGUUAGUUAGUUUGUAGUAGGUUAACAUUGUAUUGGUUUUAAAAAAUGUUUCUGGGGGAUUUUGCUAUACAGGCACAAACGUUUGGCGCACGGCCUUUCUUGUUAAAGCUCCCCACUGAACAUACUAAUUACUUUAUAUAUUUCUACAGCAUAUCACUCUGCUUUAAAAUAAAGCAUUGUAUUACUUUUUCGUAUACACAUAAAUAACCUUCAAUCAUGUUAUAGUAAUUUAAAUAAUUUGAAGUAGUGAGAUUUGAGCAGGAGCCAUUGACAAAUGUCCACCAUCGACGCGCUAAAAACCUAAGCCAGUGUACAUCAGUGAGCUGUCAUUGACGGAGCGUUUGAAAACCUAAAUGGGCUCAAUUUAUGAAUUUCCCCUCAAUCUUUCUCAUUUCAGUACAACAGGCUGGAUACGAACCCAGGGGGUUAGCGGCCACCUGGGCCUGGUAAUGGCAAAGCUGGCCGAGAUUAACUUCAACCUGGAGAGAGAAUAGAGUGCACAUGGCCAAGGACACUAGAUGGAAGGAGAGUUUUAUUGUGGCUCUUAUUGGCCCAAAUUGGACCGACAGGAUGACUUGUAUGUCUGCAUUCCUUUCGCACAUUGUGCCUGUUCCCCACAACACCGCGAUCAAUACGUUGAUAGUUUUAACAAGUCAAAUACUUAUACUGUGCUCAUUUUAGAUUUGUUUUUAAUUGAACAUGUUGUAGGCUGCCGCAGUAUUUAUUCGCAUUUCUUAUAAUCAUCUUUGUGCCGACAGCCUUUGAACGAAAGUGAUUGUUUUACCUUUUCUGUCCCAUGCGUUAUGACUUUGGGUACAGAUAAACUAAUUUCCAUAUCCUAAAUUACUGAAAAUACACAUAAAUACAACCAUUAUUAAUGCGCAUUUUGUUAACAAAUAGUUUUAUAAAAAAACACCUCUUUGUUUUAUUUUGAGACAUUAAAUAACGAAUAUUCAACCAGAGAGAAAACCAAUAACGAGAUCUAAUAAAAAACGUUACUGUGUAUAGGUUUUUAAUGAUAUUUUAAUAAAUAGAUGUUUACAAUGUGAAGAAACUCCAUUUAGGAAACUAUCUGUUUUGUAAACCUUUUUUUCGUCAAAUUAUUUUAGUUCUUGAUGACAAAGAUUUUGUUUGCCGUUGUUUACGCACGGGCAUAGCGUUCCUCAUCUUAAUGAAUUACACAUACAUUAAUAUAAGUCCAACAUUUUAAAUCAAAAAGGGUUAUGUUUGAUAUAAAGGGGAUUUUUUGUUGAUGGAUUACAACAAGGCAGUUCAAGGAUGUACAUUUGAUAUUGAAUCAUUCAGAGUCCUCUUCUGUGUAACAAAACAUAAACGAAAAUCUAAAGAGAAGAACAAAGAAUGUCUGAUAUUACUCUUCUUUUCUUCAGACUACAUUAGUGUUAACACCUUUGCUUUUAGUGCGGAAGACCAGGAUGUCCUAAGGCCAGAGGAUGCACCAUAUAAAACAGCUUUUUGCCAAGUCAUUUAGCUAAAGGCGAAUUCUACCUACAGUUAAAACAUUUUAUUACCUUUAAGUCCCAUUGCUUUGUUGUCGUUUGUGGCUUCUGCAGUGCCAUACUUGAUUUGCAAUCUGAGGGCCAUAUCUACCUCAUGUAAGGAAGUAUUUUUUUUAGAGCGUCUUUAACAAAAGGAGAUGGUAAUAUUAUUAUAAUGUUGUGUUCCACGACUCCUACUUGAGGUAAAUUAAAUCUGAAAGGCUGAUACUGCGUUGCACCUAUUUGAGCUGUGUGGUACAUUUUGAUUUGAAUAUAGGACAGGAGCAAUCAGCUUCAGUGAUUUUUUGAUGGGAUUUCAAAACUUGUUUAAAGAAUGUAUAGAAAUGCAUGUUUUUUCCCCCUUUACAGCUAUGCAGUUGUUAAACUUUGCAUCAUGUUGGACCUCGCCCUCGGUAAUGGUGGUGCAUUAAGACGAGUUGAGGGAAAACACUGAUUGCUCUGCUGCCUCCUUUCUCUGCCUCAGCUCCAAGAUAGAUAUCGCUCCGGCAGCUACGUAGCCUCUGAGUGGGAGGGACUGCCCAUCUUCCAGCAUUUCCAUUGGUUUUACAUUCUGCACGGCAGAAAGGGGGGUGCCUCUAAUCAUAUCCAGCAUGUUUUGCACAAGAAAUGUCAGCCAGAAAGGGCUAUCUUCUUCCUUCGCCAAAAUACACCACAAUAAUGUCAUGUUCGGACAGCCCGUCAGGAAAUGCGUUUUUAGUGGAUUCUCUGAUCAGUGGCCGCAAUGAAAGCGCCGGAGGUCACUAUGGGAGCACGGUGUGCGUGCCUCACAGCACUGCUACCGAAGUGCCUUACGGACUACACAACUAUGGAUACUUCCCAGGUAUGGGUAAGCGAAGCGAAGUGGGUCCUCCAAACAUGGUUUCCGCCUCUGGCCCGUACAUGCCCAGCAUGGAGAUGUGGAUGGACGCGCAGAGGUCAUGUCGAAUGGACCAAGAGCACCCGGUGGGUCCCCAGGUCGCGCCCUGCUCAUUCCCGCAGAAUAUUAAGGAGGAGAGCACAUACUGCCUGUAUGAGCAGCCAAAGUGUCCUAAAGCCUCCACCGCGGAAGAUCUCACUUAUUCGAGGUUAACAACAGCUGGCCUAGGUUCGAGUUCUUGUACAGUUACCGAUGGCGGCGGCGGGGGCUCAGUGCCUGUGCCAGGCUACUUCCGCUUGUCUCAGACGCACGCACAUUCUCAUAAACUUUACAACACUAACGGCCCCCAGCCGAACCCUUCCCAUUCUCAUUUUGGCCUACACCCCAUUGCUCCCACUCGCUUCAACACGCCACCAACCUCGACUUCUGCUCCAGCCACGGCGCAGGAGGGGAGGAAGACCGAGGAGCCCGUGUCCUCGGGAAAAGCAGACCUGCAGCCUCACACGGCACCGGGAAGCGACGAGGCACGCGAGUCCUCGGAUGCAGAAGCCUCCUCAGCCGACGAGACAGAAGAGCAUGACAAAGAGAGAGCAUCAAAGACCACCAAAGGAGCCGCAAAAAUGCAUAGCACGGCCAACUGGCUGACAGCAAAAAGUGGCCGGAAGAAACGCUGUCCAUACACCAAGCAUCAGACUCUGGAGCUGGAGAAGGAGUUCCUCUUCAACAUGUACCUGACCCGAGAGCGCCGCCUAGAGAUCAGUAAAGGCGUCCACCUGACGGACAGACAGGUUAAAAUCUGGUUCCAGAACCGCAGGAUGAAACUGAAGAAAAUGACGCGGGAAAACAGGAUCCGGGAGCUCACAUCCAACUAUGGAUUUUCAUGAUGAACAAGGUGAUCAAAUUGAAAUAGAAGAUGUUUGGUGAAAUCAAUGACACCCUCCCUCCUCCAGCACCCCCACACCCUUCCUCACUUCUCUGUCCACCUAAGACUAAUUUCACUGUGGGGUACUACUUUUUUUAUUUCCAGACACGCUUAAAGUCGAUGCAUCGUCCUCUGUGCGCUAUAUUGAGAAUAAGAAAAUGGGGAAAAAUUGAAUGUAGAGUUUUAUUUGAUUGCUUUCUGAUAUUGUGUUUUUGUAUCAUCUACCUGUUUCUGUCCCUUCUGUCGUAUGGUUGGAUAGUGUCGUCAGUGGAGUUAAAUUAACGCAAUUUAAAAACAUUGUGCACUGGAAGGUGGCUUAAAUUUUCCACUUUUCCCCAAACUGCUGGCAAAUAAUCGUAAAUGUAUUCAAACAAAUAUUAAUUUGUUUUAUUUUAAUUUGAAUUGCAUGAUAUUACAUUUUCCUAUACAUUUAUUUUGUAGUUAUUCAAUCACUCUGGAAUAUAACACGUACCACAAGGGAAGAAGAAUAAUUCACCAUGUGAUCAUUAGAUGUAGUCCACCAUGGUAUAGGCCUAUUCUAUAUACGAGCUAAAUGUAUGAGUCGGAUCUUUAAUCACGAUGAGGACGUUUACACGAAAAAGGUGUGCAAAGUGAAAUAGGAAUGUUUCUAUUGUAUAUUUCUGUGUACAUAUUGUGUUUUUUGUGUAAUGCUUAAUAAAUUAUCAGCUCGCAUAGAAGUAGCUGCCUGUA